CGGCAGCGAGCGAGCGGGAGCAGCGGGCGGGCAGAAAUCUGUCUCAUUCAGACUGCAGCAUAUCUACAUCAGCUGAUGCUGAGUGCAGCUUACACAGCUGGAGUGCACAUUGUGCACCCAUUUUUUUCUGAAGAAUUUGGAGUUUUCAGAGGCCUGGACAAACAGCGGAACAUCCACAGCAAACAAACAAACAAUGUUUUGUGUCCACUAUGUAUUUCCUGUCCUGAAGGUCCAUAAAGUUUAGAGAUAAAGUCAGUUACUCUUAAGACAUUUAACACAUGGUGGGAGUGGGGUAGUGAACUCUGAAGUGAUCGAUAUCAUACAACUCCAGCUGCCUUCCUGCCCUGUCCCCUUUGCCUCCCUGCAAUUAGACAGGUCCUGCACGAGUUUGGAGAAGGAGGAUGGAGUUGGCACAUAACCUGGCUAAAGCACAUUCAUUGCUUUAACCAGGGGAACAAAACCCAAACCCAGCCAACAGAGUGUCUCAUUUGUGACACAGUGACAGAGGCUUCUAGGGAAUGAUUUAAAUGGGGAAAAAAAAAAAAAAUCUCGAUUUCAGUUCUUGUUACAGAGUUUGGAAAGUGGGGCUGGCAUUUCUUUUAUAGUUUAAGCUUCUUGCCCAGUGUAAGGCACCAGUGAGAUGUGGAUGCAAUUUACAACAGGGAGAGUGAGCUUGCCAGCAACUAAAACAAUCUGUACUAAGCUCUGCUAGCAAGGUCUUUCUCUCUCAGCAAAUUGCACCUUUACUAGAAGGCUUUGCAGGAACAAAUGCCUAUGAGCCUACUUUGAGAUGUCCUGGAUUGUAUUAAUAUGUCACCAGAAGACUGGCAUAAGACCAAGAAGGUCUUCAAUACUUCCUGGAAUUUUUCAUUCCUGCAAGUCUGUGCUGCCAUCCAUUCAUGCAGACUUGUGGGCUUUUGCAAAUAUCUCUCCGUAUCCUUAAUUUUUUUAUUAUGUUUUGACAAUUAAAACAGUGGCAUUUUCUGCCCAUAUACAGACUCACCUUAGAAACAUAAUUUCCAACACAAUGGAGAGGUUAUCACUUUUCACCAGUUAUUGUGAUUAAAGUCAUCCAUAGCAGCAUUUUAGAACAUUUAUCAGCAAAAACAACCUCUAUACAGAUGUGUGUAAAUAACUUUAUUUUGGAAAAGUGCCACUGUAUGUGAAGGAAUUUCUUAUUGCAUUAAGAGUAACCUACCUAGCCCAGACCUAAUAUUUAAUUGACAUGGGUCUGCCAAACUGGGAGUUUUAUUCCAAGAAAAAAUUGUUGCUGAUAUUUUUAAGUCAUGCAGGGACCAGGGCACUGCAGCUGGGGGGGUGUGUGUGGUUCCCAGUCCUAUGUGUGUGACUGUGUGGUACACACACACUACUGGAUGCUGAGAAAGUUAUGUACCUUUACUGUUACUCUUUUCAAUGCAGCGUAGACCUAACUGGCACACAAGUGUGAAAUUAUAGAUGUUCUUUAGUAAACUCUUGAGGGACUUCAGCUAAAUUAUUGCAUACAUAUGGCAAUAUAAAGUCAUGCUUGGAGAAGGCUGAAUUGAUCAUGUUUGGGUACAAGCAAGACUUAAGCUGCUGUGUGGUGCAGGGAUAUUUUAAACAUGAAAUUGCACAGAUCAAAGUAGAACUCUCCUGUGACCUGCUCACCUCGAGGAUCUGCAUUCAACAGAACCAGUUCCCUGGCAGUCGUGUACACCACUGAAGGAAAAUGGACAUACUGAACAGCCGCCACUUUUUGUACUUUCUGCCUACUACACGCCUUGUCAUCUUAUUAGCAGCUUUGACCACUGCUGAGGAUGUGAGUAACAGCACUUUCAACCGCACUGACACACACUCGGGGGCCGCGCCUGCUGUGAUCUCCCGCAUCGACCACAUCAUAGUCAAGGAGGGCCAGAGUGCCUUGAUCGACUGCAAUGUCCAAGGGAGUCCCAGUCCACGUUACAGAUGGUACAAUUCCAACGGUCGCCUGCUCCAAGAGGAGGAGAAUAAAGGAAAAUGGUGGUUUCUUGACAAUGGGCUACUAAACAUUACCCGCGUGUCAUUUGAAGACAGAGGUAAAUACACAUGUGUGGCAUCUAAUACGUAUGGCAGUGUUAACAAUACUGUGACGCUGAGGGUAGUUUUUACCUCUGGAGAUAUGGGAAUCUACUACAUGAUUGUCUGCCUUGUCGCUUUUACCGUUGUUAUGAUACUGAACAUUACUCGGUUAUGUAUGAUGAGCAGUCAUCUGAAGAAAACCGAGAAGGCAAUCAAUGAAUUCUUCAGAACAGAAGGGGCAGAGAAACUUCAGAAGGCUUUUGAGAUUGCAAAGCGUAUCCCAAUUAUCACAUCAGCCAAAACGCUCGAGCUUGCCAAAGUAACCCAGUUCAAGACCAUGGAAUUUGCUCGCUAUAUUGAAGAGCUUGCUCGGAGUGUACCUUUGCCACCUCUCAUCAUGAACUGCAGGACUAUAAUGGAAGAAAUUAUGGAGGUUGUCGGUUUGGAGGAGCAAGGACAGAAUUUUGUACGGCAGGCAGCAGAAGGCCAGGAAACCACUGAAACAGAUGAGCUUUAUAUGAUCCCAAAUGCUUUGACGCGUAGUGAAUCUCCCACAGCUGACUCAGACGCAUCAUCACUGCAUGAGCCACCUCAACAGAUUGCAAUAAAAGUGUCAGUUCACCCAUUGUCAAAAAAGGACUGCAUGGAUGGUCAGUCACAGGAAAGCAUGCAGUUGGACACCAAGGAAGAAGACACUCCUCAAACACCAGCACUUCCUGCAGAGCCCCUUCCAGAGCCUUCUGCUGAACUCGGUUCUGAUGACACAGCAUUGGCAAAUGACAAAAAUACAUGCGUUAUAUAUGAAAGCCAUGUAUGAUAGUUACUCCUGAAUCUAUGCAUAGCAGGAAAAUCAGGUGGAGCUCUUUUAAAAAUACAUAUUGUACUUGCCGCUAAGCCUUACCUGGAGACUAUCAUAGCAAAAGCAUGUAAGUGGAUUAUUUGGCACUUUCUUCUCAGUUUGAGUUUAGUUUACCAUGAUGUAUGGCAGAGUAAUUGCUAUUACAUUAAUAUGAAUUGCUCUUUUUGAUUAGGAGUAUUUCCAAGAAACAUUUACCUCAGCAUUUUCUAGGUUGGAGUCACCUGUAGUGGCCUCCUGGAAGUCACUAGUAGUCUUUGAUGUAGGACACUUGAAUUUACUAAACAUAAAACUGGUUUCCAUUUUCCUCCUUCACUCUCAUUAUUUCCAUCUAUUGCAUUUUUGCAAAUAUUAACUUGUGAAUUUGAAAUAUUGCCCAAGAGGCAGCACUCCAGUAGCUAAAUAAAAUCCUAAUAGAUCCCAUUUACAAAGCCUGUUUGCUCAGCUGCAUUGUGAUUUAGAGGGCUAUUAAAGAAAGUUAAAAUGUUUCCAUUUCAUUUGAGACCACACUGCUUAGCCACAUGGGAAAUAGUUUUCCCUUUUUUAUGGAAUGAAGAUGCCAACAAUCGUUUGUUUUGCAUGAAGAAACAAGUUUGAGGUGUAAAUUACUGAUGGGAAAGACCAUAAACAUGGUACAGAAAGUUGCAGUCCAACAGCUCUGCAGGGGUUUUUUGCAUACAUUUGAGCAUUGUCUAUGUUGCCAGAAGUUUAUACGGAAAACAGCUGCAAAUAUGCAAGAUGCCUUGUUUUGAAGUAACAGUUUUAGUAGCAGUAACUAUGAGUACCUUACCAGAAGACAUGCAGGUCCAUAACAGUCCUGCAAAUGCCAGUAAUCAGUUGAUGACAAGGCUGAAAUGGCAAAAUACCCUUUUAUUCGGCUUCUUAAUUUUGAGCAAAUUCAUAUAUUUUGAGGACCAAGCCUAAAUUCAUAUAUAAGCAUCAGUUUGAGAGUGUUGUAUCCAAACUGAAAAAAAAUAUAAUCAAGUGUCCUAUAAAAUUACAAAGACAGUCAUGCAAACUGGUAAAUGUGACAUAAUUGUGUUGGGAUUUUGGGAACCUCCUACAUGUAGGAUGUUCACUGCUUGAGUACAUGUGACUCUACCCCAGUAAAGCUUUAAUGAUCACAGCAAUUCUGGCAUUAAAAAGGAUCAACAUUUCUGCCAGGAAAUGCCAGCAGUGGAAGGGAAGUGAUAAUUUGUCUUGCAGACAGACAAUAAAAAGUACCUUCUCUGCAGUGAGUCUGGAAAGAAAGCACUUACAAGGAGUUUGUGUAGGGUUAAUAGCAUAUUACUUAAUUACCUGACACAUUUAGUUUGGAACUAAUGAACAAACGAUGACCUUGUAGUGUUUAAGAAGGAUUGUAGUAUAAAUAUAGACACUUAAAAUAAAUCUGGAAUCAAAUAUAUUGUAGAAAAAGAAAUCUCUUAGGUCUGUGGGGAGAUGAUGCAUGGAUGUCUCUCUGGACAUUUUAACAAAGCAUCCACAUCUCCAUAAGGUGUCUGUUGGAGGCAAUCAGUUGUAUUAACUGCACGGGUAAUCAAGACCAGACAAACUCAGUGUUGCAGGUACAUAAAAAACCCUUGAUAAUGAACUGAGGUCUUAUGUCAACUUCCUCAUGUUAAAGCGCAGAGCCUCACCAGCAGUGCAAUACAGGAAUACCCCAUGACUUACAUAGGUGAUGCAGAGAAGGCUCCCAAUUUAUCUUUCUGCGGUUAUAAAAAAAAAGUGUUUAAUAAUUGAAUUCAGAUUUUACAACCAACUUGUGAGAAACAGCAGCAUUCAGAUGUCUCAUAUUUUUUUGUGCUCACCACAGUGACAGGUUUCUAUACAAAAUGCCUUUGUACAUGCCCAAAAGGAAACAUGCAAGGGCAAAGUCCCUUUCAGGAAUAUGACUGGAAAUAUUUGUGCUCCCUCAAAGCAAUAUAAAUGUAAAAAAGAAGUUAGUUUAAGAGAAUAUCAUAAAGAACCUCACUUCUGACCAGUGCGAUUGACCAUAAUAUGCAAAUUUGUAACUUUUGUCUGAAUCCAAAGGACAUUUCUGUUUAGUGUUCACAUCAGUUUUUCAAGUUACUUGAUUUGCUUCUGAUAUGAAAAAGACCAAGGGCAGAAACAAAAGCAGGAACUUGCACUAAACCCCUUUAAUUCACUUUAACCUCCUGAGAAGAGAUGCAUUGAUGUUUCUGCCUGCCCAGCAUUUACAAACAAUGCCCAUGCAUUCUAAAGUUACCUACCUGGUGCCCAACUAAGAUUGCACAGAAAAGCAAGGAUGUUCUCCUUGAAAGCAUAAAAAUAACAUUUAAAUUACACUUUAAAUUUUUUUAAAAGUUGUAAAAAUAUUUAUUACAGUAUUUUAAUUUUAAUCUUUUUAAACUAUGAAGUUUUUACAAAAGAGCUCAGAUCCCUUUAUGUACUUCUAUGGUGUUCUGACCCUGACUGCUUCUCUCAGGCUGUCCUCCAGACUCUUUAUUAUUUAUUUAUUGAGAAACAUUUGAGAAUAAACAAUCCCCAUAGAUUUCUUCAGUAUCGCUGUGUAAACUUCCUUGAAGAUACAAAUGAUGUUAUUCCCUAGAGGCUGCCCACAAAGGGCAUGUUUGAAGUACACACAAAUGCACAUUGCAAACCACAUAUAAGCAACGGGUACUUGGAUUAGAUACAUGCAAUACAUGGAGUGCUUGAUUCCUGCUGUUGCAAGGUCACUCAGAGCUGAGAGUUCACAGGUAGAACUGCUCCAACCAGUCUGGACAUUUAGCUUUGUGUUAUUAUUGGAAUAAAAACUAAACAACAGUGUAGAUGAAGAAAAUACAGAUUUUAUACAGAACCUGUGGUUCUGAUUUAUGUGGUUUUUUGGUGGUUUUGUGUCUGCUGCUCAAUGUCUUAUGCAUCCAUUACAUGACACUUCUAAUACUAAAGCUUUUUAUAUGCUUUCAGGAACUUCCUUUGUGGAAGACAGACGGGAAGCAAGACCUGUCUUUCCUGUUCCAAACCUUCUGGCUGUGCUAUUAUAAAGUAUGCAAUUGUGUCUUGCAGUAUUUCUUAGCAAAUGGCUACUUUAUGGUCCAAAACUACAAUUAACAAACAUAAAAUUAAUAAUGGCUCAAAGAAAACAUUAAUUUUUGCAUUGUUAUAUAUUUUCAUGCACCUUAAGCACUUCAGGAGCAUUAAUCUGCUCCUGUCAUCAGACUAUGCACACUUUUUGUUACAUUUUUCUAUUUAUUGUACCCCUGAACACUAAUGGUUCUUAAAACACUCAGAAUCUGGAAAAUCCAGUCCAACUGAAAUUGCAUUCUAAAAGCAAAGGAACACCUAGCCAGGCUUAAUAAGGAAAAGAGAUUUGCACAAUAUAUUUACACCAUUUUCAAACAUUUUUGCCAAACUUCAUGAAAGAUGACUAGAUUUCUGCAGCAGAAGAAAAUCAGUGUUGGGUUUGAGUAAAUGUAAGACCAUACUAAUCAGACCACUUAAACAUAGUCUUCACUAUCUAUUUUCUCAACAUUUUCUUUUUGAGCAGCGUUUGUUUACUGCUGAUCCUUUUUUUGUUCUCUGAUUUGAGCAUGUUUGUGAUGAUACCUACCUUUCAGUUACUUUUUGUCUGUCAUAUAAAAAAAAUUAAAAGAACCCACAGACCAGCAUUUUUGUGCAGGUUUGUUGGUACUUGGUAAGGCACAGAAGUACACUCCUGUGCUUAAAAACUACUGUAUAAUCAUAAGACUUGCGAAAUAACAUAUAUGAGCAGAUGUUGAUUUUUUUAAAUCAGUGCCUGUUUUCUUCUAAUGUAGAUAUGUCAGUUCCUUGAUUUGCAGUUACCUUUUGACAAAAGUACUGUAACAUAUAACCAGGGCUUUCUGACUUUCAGUUUGGUCAGAUUAACUAAUUCUAUAAAGUGUUAACAGUGUCAGUUUUUCAAAGUUCUCAUGGGAUAUCUUGGCAGCAUGCUAUUUUAAGAGUUGGCCUCUUAAGUAUGCCAUAUUUAGUGGGACAACUGAAAGCUUCUUAGAUGCAAAGGAAAUGCUUGCACUAAAGUAUCGUAAGUUAUAUUUCAUUUAUUAUGAAAUCCUUUUUGAUUUUAUAAGAAAUGUGAGACAAAUAUGAAUGUGUUCUUUUGAGAAGCAGUUGCUGUAUUUUGAUUUAAAUAACUGUUAUGAUUUUAUAGCUCACGGCCGUAAACCACAAAGAGAAAAGUUCAUGCUGAAGUGGCAAAAUGAAAUGUGAUGUAGCUUGUACAUUGAUCAUUGUUUCAAUAAAGAAUUUGCACAGAGUAUGCUGAGUUUGUAGACAUUCAACAAGAUAUUUACAGUGCCACAACACCACUUUUCCAUAGAAAUGGAUACUUGAUAGCCUACAUCCUGCACCAAUUUUUGGAAUAACCAGCUCAAACCUUUUCUCUGUUCAUUUUUUUUCCCUCCCUGUCUUACCUUCCUAUACCUUCUUCUGUCUCCAGCAGCUCUGCGGUGCCACUUCUCAAAAAAGAACAGAAUGAUGUUAGUUGUCAGGGCAAGUGUUUCUGCACCCGAGGCACCUUUGUUCCAAACUGACCUUUUAUUAGUCCCCAAAUGGAUUUUUUUCCCCCAGCUGUACCAGGCUCUAAUGCUGUGUACUAUAUUUAGCUCUCUGGCUCCCAGGCCCAAACUGAGUCAUUUUACUCUUCCAGUAAAGGCUGACUUGUGAGUCUAUGAUAUCAUGUGUAAGUCUGUAAAUUGGGCAAAAACGGUAAUGUAAACUGAAGCUAAGUCACCAAUUUCUUAUUCAAAAUCAGAAUGUAGGCAGCAAAUGAUAAAUGUGGCACGCUUAGGACACUCAAGUUAUGUUAUGAGAAGCUAUUUCAUACCACAAGACAAGGCAAAAAUGAGAAAAGAAAAGCCAGACUUGAAUAGCAUAAAGAAUACAUGUUUGUGAUUGAGAAGAAAUUCAGCAUCACUCUUAAAUAAUUUUGCCAUCCUAUAGCCAGUUUCUAUUUUGAGAACAGAUUCCUGUUACAUCUACUCUAACCAGAACCUCUCCUAUGUGGCUAAGGACCUUAGGCAUGACAAUAGUACCAGAGUUAUCAAGAAGAGCCUAUUCUCGUUUAUCUGCCAUUUUAAAAUUUAUUUUCAGGACCAUUUAGCUAUGUAUCAAAUGCCGUUCACAGACUACCACCCUGUCCUGUUGUGGAGCCACAGAGUUUGAGAUCUCAUGUUGAAGAUGCAGAAGCUGCACCUUCUGAGAUAUAUUUGCCUUCUUUUGUAUAGAUUUUGAUUUUACCACACAAUAAACCAUUUGUAUUUAUUAACAAUUCAGGCCCAGUCAGUCUCAAUUGAUAAAUACAAAUACAGAGAAGAAAAAUAAAGGCCAGAAAGACUUCCCUCUUUCUGAAGCAUCUUAUUGCUUCUUCCUCAAGGUUAGCCCUGAUUGACAGACAGCUCCUGAGGUGUU